AUGACUACAAAGCCGAGUUGUUCAAAGAGGCCGAAAGAAUUGUCAUGGAGGAGUUUCCGAAAGAAAGUGAUUGAGUACAACAACCUGCUACAGACUCAUCGCUUUUCGUAUGCUCGAUUGCCGGAGAUGAUGCCUGAUCCGGAUUUGAACAUUCCCGUCCCUUGCGUGGCACACUUGAACGAUGUCGAUGGAGAUGCUCCUGUGGCGAAGAAGCGAAAGCUUGCAGAUUUUGAUCCAAGUGCCAAUAAUGGUACUCCCGUAUAUGGCUUUAUCAAUGGCACCGUUCCAUGCAACGCACAUCUUGCUGACCUGAUGGAUCAGAUUCGUCCGCUGCUGCGAGAUGCGGUAGAGAACGUGAACAAGGUUUGUUAUAAUGUUACGAUGUUGUUGGUGGACUGUACU